GGAGCUUCGAGGGAGCUGCGAGGGUGCGGCCUUAAAGCUCCCUCUUGGGGCACACGGCGAGGGACAUCAACAGCGAACAAUAGGUGAGGUCCCAGUGAAGUUGGAGUGAAUCGCUCCUGCAACGUAUUCCAAAUACCUACUUCCCACUCAAUUCAAUCUCACUCAGUCACAUAAAUGUUCUCUCGAUCCCUCUUCCGUCCUGCUACUUCUCUCCGUCCCACCUCUCUUACUCCACGCUUCAGACCAUUUUCAUCGACGUCCGCAAUCAUGGUCAAACAAGGAGACUCCAUCCCAAAUAUCGACCUCUACGAGGACUCCCCCGGCAACAAAGUCAACCUCGCCAAAGAGCUCAGCUCUGGCAAAGGCCUCAUCAUCGGUGUCCCCGCUGCGUUCUCUCCCUCAUGCUCCGACACUCAUAUCCCAGGCUACAUUGCCAAUGACAAGUUGAAGAGUGCCGGGAAAGUCUUUGUGGUAUCUGUGAACGAUGCUUUCGUCAUGAAGGCUUGGGCAAAGAGCUUGGACGAGUCGAAGAAGAGUGGCAUUCGUUUCCUCGCCGACCCCUCUGGAGAGUUCACUCGUGCCUGGGAUGUGGAGUUCGACGCUGCUAAGAUCUUGGGCAACAACCGAAGCAAGCGGUAUGCAGUGACCACCGAGGAUGGCAAGGUCGUCAAGGCUUCUGUCGAGCCCGACAACACUGGCGUCACAAUCUCGGCCGCCGAGAAGAUGUUGUAAACCAAUCAACCCUUAGAAGGGCAGACCUACCACCAUAGGUGCGGCAUCCUGUAACGGCAUGGUGAAAAUCAAAAUGGGAGUGACAUGGAAAUGCAGCAAAAUGGAGGGACGUGGCAGAAGCUUAACACAAUUCCUGUGUUCAUGUACCAACUUCAGUUCUCCAUUUCAGCUUAAUCUGAAGUGCCAAAAGCAACUGCAAUUUCCUCUAUGAACACUCUUUACGGUCCUGGAAGAGGGCAUAAUUCUAAGUUUCAUUUUUGACAUGACCAUCUUCGCUCGACUGGACGAGAUUCGGAUUCCAACAAGAUCGAGAAAGCAUCUCAUUCAAUCCCUAACAUAGAGGACGGAUGAAGAGACAAUGCACGAGGACCACCAUUCGUCUUCUAACUCGCUAAAU